AGGCAAAGCAAGUUAGGGCAUCAAUGGCAUUGCAAACACAAGAAGUACCUUCAGACAGGACACUGUUGAGAGAAGGGCCGGCAGGAGAUUCAAGUGAACCAAUUCUAAAUACUGUACCAUCAAAACGUCCGGAUGGGCAGCAAGCUUCUGCCCUUGGCAUAAAUGAUACAGUAAAAACAGGUGUAGAAGGUGAUUUUGGAACUGUAAUAAUCCAUGAUAGAACUGCUACUGGAAACUGCUACUGUGCCGCCAUCUACACGAGAAGAUUCCGGUCCUGCUACGGGACAUGUUGGAAAACCCCAGUCAGCGGACCUGGUGAUAAAUAUUAA